UUUGUUUGGAGUGGCAAUGGUGGUUCGCGUAUGGAAGCGGCAAGCCACGUUGACACAAAAAGUGCGACUUCGUCAUUCUCUCAACACCGGAAAGUAAAGCAACGUCGCUAACCGCCACCUGUCAGUCGCGGAGCGCCUUUUGGUUUAUGCAAGAAGAGAGGCCACGUCAGCUGUCAGAAUGAGUGUGGGCUUCAUCGGAGCGGGUCAGCUGGCUCAUGCGUUGGUGAAAGGAUUCACAGCAGCAGGUGUGAUCGCUACACACAGGAUCACCGCUAGCUCCCCAGACACCGACCUGCCCACGGUGACCGGCCUGAGGAAAAUGGGUGUCAGCCUGACCACCAGUAACAAAGAGACAGUCAGCAAGAGUGAUGUCCUCUUUCUGGCUGUGAAGCCUCACAUCAUCCCCUUCGUGCUGGAUGAGAUUGGGCCAGACAUUGAGGACCGCCAUCUCAUCGUGUCUUGCGCUGCAGGUGUCACCAUCAGCUCCAUUGAAAAGAAACUCCUUCAGUACCGCCCAGCUCCUAAAGUCAUGAGGUGUAUGACCAACACUCCAGUGGUGGUGAGGGAGGGAGCGACGGUCUACGCUACUGGCACUCAUGCAGAGGUGGAGGAUGGUAAGCUGCUGGAGCAGCUGAUGGCCAGCGUAGGCUUCUGCACCGAGGUGGAGGAGGACCUCAUUGACGCCGUCACUGGGCUAAGCGGCAGUGGUCCUGCUUACGCAUUCACAGCAUUGGACGCCCUAGCAGAUGGAGGAGUGAAGAUGGGUCUGCCCAGGAGACUUGCGGUCCGACUCGGAGCGCAGGCUUUACUGGGAGCCGCUAAGAUGCUGCUGGACUCGGAGCAGCACCCCGGCCAGCUGAAGGACAACGUGUGCUCACCAGGGGGCGCCACCAUUCAUGCCCUUCACGUCAUGGAGAGCGGGGGCUUCCGCAGCCUUCUCAUCAAUGCUGUGGAGGCCUCUUGUAUCAGGACGAGCCAUGGACAGGGUGCAACGGCGCUGGAAAGUUUGGCUCAAAUUCUGCUAAAAAAUGACCGUGAAACAUUUGCAACGCCAUCAUAUCAUGCAAAGGAGCGAGCACCACUAACAGGAUUAAAUACCCCUGGAUUCACUGUGGACAGAGUGCCCCGUUUUUUAUGCACUACGCCGGACUUCGUACAACCAGUCAGGUAAGCAAAACAAUACAUCACGUCCAUAUUAUGGCAGCAUUGCAGCAGCAAACAAAUGACACUUGAUACCACCACCACGGCCACCAAUACGGUGGCCAACUCAAAUAUAUGUACUUUACCUGACGUUAACACGAGCCUUAGCCAGGAAGUUGACCAGACGUUGCGUGGAGUGUAACUCCAUUCUUACUCCAUACUUGUUUGACAUUUUGCAUGCAGGUUAGUAGGAACUCAGUAACAAGGUUAAAAUACACAUCUAUUCUGCAUCACAUAAACAGGAUUUUCAAAAAUAAAAAUGUCUUAUCAACAUGUACUCCUACUGUAUGUAGAGACUUGUAAACAUCUAUGUUCAAGUUCAAUGCUUUGAUAUUUAUAUACUGGUUAAGAAUAGCCCUGUGAGAAAUUCCUAGUAAAGUCAUUCAUAAAAAUCAUGGACACAUUCAGACAUUUCAUCCAAGAACUUUGGUUAGCGCCCUCAUUUAAACCAUGCAAACUUCUAUGACCCUACUUUUUGAAAAGAAUUGAGAACGGAAUCGAAUCGAGGAAUCAGAAUCAGAACCGGAAUUGCUGAAAUUCCAACGAUUCCAACGAUGCCCAACCCACAACCACAAACAACCAGUGGUUUGUUUGUGGUGUGAUUUACAAUAUAAAAUAAGCUCUCUUCAACACAGUAGUAAUUUAUUGACGGUACACAACCAGCGGUUACAGCAGCACUUCCCGUGCGAGCUCCCCGCACCAUGACACAGCAGUCCGAGCACAGUGAGGGGAACUACCGCUGUAGCUACGGAGCCGAAUAUCCAAUGUCCAACGUGAAGCUAACUUCGCCGCGGUACACCGCUGACAUUUCUGCACGGUGGUGUUCCCUUUUCUUUUUUUACGUGUGGCGGGAGUCGAGUGGCAACCAGCUUUGAGCCGCAUUACCGCACCUACCUUGUUGGAGUGUGGCGCAGAAUUAUGAACGUUAUACGGCAACCGGAUCGGCCCAAUCUUGUGGCGGAAGCCGAUGUUAUUCGAUCUUCAAAAUACAGCAAUUCAGCAGCCAAUCCCGAUCCUGAAGAUCGGAUCGGGACAUCCUAAUUUAAAGGGUUCCUGUCUUACAUAUUAACCUUGCAGAUUCAUGCACAUGUUUCAAAUGUUGCAUUCUUGUGUCAUAAUGAGCUUGGAAUGUUUUUAACUAAUCCUAAAUCUCAUCCGGUACGAGAGCUUCCACGAGAUCUCGUGAAUUCCUAAGUAAGAAGUAAUUGCGUAUGUAAACCGGAUUAUCCGAUAUUCGUCGCAUGAUAUCCAACAUGUAAUUCUUUGUUUGCUGAUAACCAUUAGCGCCUAAGCGCUACGAUAUAAUAUCGAAGAUGUCCCACCACGAGCCUCAUC